AUGGACGCACUCACACCAGAUACUUUCAAGCCAAUAUUAAAGAAGCUGACGACAGACGCUGAUAGCUUCAGUGAAGACGAUAUGCGUGCUGCAUUUGAACACAUCGUUAGACCGGAAUCGCACACAGCUGCACAAAUAUCUGCAUUCUUAACAGCAUUGAAAUUAACGCAAUAUGACUCAAAGUCAGCAUAUAUAGCUGCUGCAGCUACAGUCAUGCGUAGUCACUCCGUACAAAUUGAUGGUUUAUCGUCCGUUAGUCCAACUUGUGAUAUUGUCGGUACAGGAGGAGAUGGUCUGGAUACAUUCAACGUAUCGACGAGUGCGGCUGUUGUAGCAGCAGGUGCUGGUGCGACUGUCACAAAACAUGGCGCACGCUCAGCUUCUUCUGCAUCAGGUUCAGCGGAUUUAUUGCUGUCACUUGGUUGUUCGCUCUCUAUCGAGCCUUCCCGCUUACCUUCAAUACUCUCAGAGAGCAAGUUUGCUUUCCUUUUCGCAUCGAAUUAUCACCCUGCGAUGGCACACGUUGCACCUCUACGCCGUGAAAUUGGCUUCCCUACUAUUUUCAACUUCCUUGGUCCUUUGAUGAACCCAGCAAAACCAGCGCGUAUGGUCGUCGGUGUUGCGAAAAGGGAACUUGCGACAGUCUUCGUCGACGCACUAAACAGACUCGGCGUAGAGCGCGCCAUGGUAGUCCGUGGUAAGGAGGGUAUGGAUGAGAUUAGUCCCGAGGGCGAAACAGAGAUUUGGGAAUUAGAAAACGGAAAUGUUAAGGAAUACACAGUUUCACCAGCUAGCUUUGGUUUGCGACCACAUCCAUUAUCAGCCGUCAAGAGCGGUACUCCAUCCAACAAUGCCAAUAUCUUCAGAGCGAUCUUGUCAGCGUCAACACCAUCAUUUGACGAUAUACCUAAGGGUGUCGAGAUUGCCGCAUUGAAGGACUGGAUAUUGAUGAAUGCUAGUGCACUCUUGGUGGUUUCGGGACAAGCUAGCAACUUUGGACAAGGUGUCGUAAAAGCAAGGGACAGUAUUGAGAGCCUCAAGGCUAAGGCCGCUCUUGACGCAUUUAAGCAAGCAGGUCAGGAAGUUAACUAA